AUGACCACGGAAUGGUUUCCUAACAAAGCUGGACAGUUUUUAGCAGUAGUCAUACCAAACAACUGGGCGGUCCUGGUCUGCACGUCUAGAUUCUGGUUUAAUUAUCGGCAUGUGGCAAACACACUGUCAGUAUACAGAAGCGUAAAGAGACUGGGCAUUCCAGACAGUCACAUCGUGCUGAUGCUAGCCGAUGAUAUGGCCUGUAACUAUAGAAACCCCAAACCAGCCACUGUAUUCAGUCAUAAGAACAUGGAGCUGAACGUGUAUGGAGAUGACGUGGAGGUGGAUUACCGUGGAUAUGAGGUCACAGUGGAGAAUUUCCUCACGAGUCCUGACAGGGCGCCUCCCCCAGCACCCCCUCGAUCCAAACGUCUGCUUUCCGAUGACCGCAACAUUCUCAUCUACCUGACAGUCCACGUGUGAAACGGCUUCCUGAAGUUCCAGGACUCGGAGGAGAUCAGCAACAUGGAGCUGGCUGAUGCCUUUGAGCAGAUGUGGCAAAAAGAGAGGUACAACGAGUUGUUGUUCAUCAUAGACACAUGCCAGGGGGCCUCCAUGUACGAGAGGUUUUACUCACCAAACCUCAGCCUGGCCAGCAGCCAAGUGGGAGAGGACUCGCUCUCACACCAGCCAGUUGCAAUAGGGGUCCAUUUGAUGGACAAAGUGCACCUUCUACUUACUGGAGUUCUUGGAGAGAGUUCACCUGCUAGCCAGGCCAGCAUGAGCGAUCUGGUGUGCCCAAAAGGAGUCAGUCGUGUCCUCACCCAAAGGUCACCCGUCACUGACCUGUUCCAGAGGAUCCCGGGCGUUCUCAUCACUGACUUUUUGGAAGUGUCCGCAAGUGGAAUCACCAAGGACACUAUCCAUCCGGCGUCCCUCACGAUAAAGCCGCCAAUACAGAGGUGGGAGCAUGCAAUUGCAGUGCAUCUAUCCCUGCAAAAACUGGCCAAGCCACCAGAGGAAUUGUCCGCCGCCAUCAAAUCCUGUAAGCGUUGUCGCUUUUGCCAAGUUACAGUGCUGCAGUCCAUGCCGCCCUGCCGCAUGAGGCCGCAUACAUGGUGGUUCUGA